AUGGACAGCCAAACUUCUCCUCAGGCCUUUCUGUCCAGCUAUGCGCCGCGACUGCGCGCCUACAACAACUCGGUCCUUACACCCGUCACCUCCACCGUGGCCGGCCCUCAGUCGCGGACGACAAAACGUGGCACAAUACUCAUCAACUACGCUGAAGAUGGUUACAACGAUUACGACGAUGACGAUGACGAUGACAGGAGGCGUCCGACUGGUUUGCGAAGCUUGCGGCGCGAGGACAGCAGUACAAAUGCCACCGCAGCCGGUAAAGUUGGCAAGGAGGCCAGGGCGCCAGUGAACGUCCAGGGCAUCUGGAGGGAAUGGAUGCUCAAGGCCAAACAGCGUUCUGAUCUCAAUAACCAAUCCCAGGCCCAGAUGCCCCUUACCCUCAUCCCCAUUCGCAUCGAUGUCGACAUUCCCGCCUUCAUGCCCGCCGCUCCAUUCCCUCUGCCCAGGGGAAUCACCCAGGUCACGCCUCAGAUGGAUGCAUCACUAUACAGGUCAGGCGAGAUGGUAAUCCCGUACAAGUUGAGGGACAUAUUCUUGUGGAAUCUGCAUGAGACUGUCAUCACUACCGAUCAGUUUGCGACAACCUUGGUUCAGGACCUCGAUCUCCCCAACCAGGUCGCUAUUGCCAACGAGAUCAGCAAACAAAUACGUACCCAGCUCGAGGAGUAUGCAGGUGUGGCUUUGCAUCCUCUAUUCCACUCAGAAGCGGCGUCUACUGCUCCUACGGGCAAUCCCACGGCCGUAUCCGCCGCCCUCCAAGCAGUUGCCCGCGACAGUCCUGCUAUUCCUGCAACGCCACUUCAGAUUCCCGGUGGUAAUAUCGGCGGAUCCGACACACCGAUUACGAAUGGAGCUGAAACGCCAGCCAAGGCACCGACGUCUCAUGCGCCGCAGGUGAAGGCCGUAGCCACCCCUAUAACGGCCGACGACACCGACGACUUCAGUCCAGACGAUACGUAUCGGUGUCUCGUUACCCUGAACCUCAACCUCGGCUCAAACUUGUAUACUGACAAGUUCGAGUGGUCUCUGCUGCACCCGCCUGGAACCGCCGAAGCCUUUGCCAAGGUUACAUGCAUGGAUCUUGGCCUUGCUGGAGAGUGGGUGCCCGCCUUGACGCACGCCAUCUACGAAGCGGUUCUGCGAUUAAAGAAAGAGGCUUGUGAGGCAGGUGGGCUCGUUACAGGUUGGGGUGCCACAGGGUCCGAGUUUCCCAACGACGCAGCCCAUGGUCAGGAGGCCGGGUGGCGGUAUGACCCUGAGCAUCUUGCAGAUGAGUGGGAGCCCAAGAUUGAGAUUCUCUCCAAAGAUGAAAUCGAAAAGCGUGAGGGUGAUCGUGAACGGCAGAUACGCCGCCUUCGUCGUGAGACUGCCCGUUUCAGUAGCGUUGCUGGUAUGAUUGGUGGUACACCGAUGGGUGCCAUCUUUGGUGCGCAAGAGGAGGAGGAGCGCAUGGGACGAGGUGAAAGAUCAAAGAAGAAGCGGAGGUUCAGGAGUCUGAGCCCGCUUGCCAGAGGCGGAACCCCAGGCGGAUGGGGAACGCCUGAUGUCGGCUAUGGUGGUGGAGGCGCUGGCUCGCUAGCAGAUCAAGAGAGGUUGCACUGGCGUUGCACACAUUGCUGCAUCUGGGGCACAAGCGUAUGGGCAGUUCGUGAUGGCCCGAGCGGACCUAGAUCACUCUGUGCCAACUGUGGUCUUCUUUACGAAAAGAACAAGAAGCUGCCACGGUGGACUCAUAAGUUGCACUUUAUGGAUCAUCGACCGUUGUAA